UGACACACGUUACCGCCGUAGUUCUUUCACCGCACGCAUGAACGCAAGUAUCUGCAAUCGGAGAGACUUGCAUAGCACUUCUGGUUGGAGUCUCAAGAUCAUUUACUUAUAUACAAGAAAAACCCUGUGCGUCGCCGGACAAUAUAUCAGAUGAACAAUCAGGGCGAAGCAACUGAUAUCGACAACUUUCCUCAGAACAUGCAUCGUGACUGUCGAGGACGUUGGAGUUGGGGAAUACCGGUGACGAAUUCCACUACUGAAUGCCAUGUUCAACUUGCACCUCCCAUUCCAGCUCUCAGUCCAGAUCUUCAUCCCCACUGCAACCGCGAAGCGGUGCACUCUGAAGGCAAUCGGCAGUGGGGUACUCCUAUGAGUAGUGAGUUAUUGAGGCUUACUACUGAAGUUCAGGGAAGAGACACAGCUCCCCUUCGUACCGGGAAUCCCGAGAAGAUAUUCGAAAUCGGGGUGCGUCGUUUCUGCUGCGAGGAAUGUGUCAUAAAGGUUGAAAGGAAGCUUCAGAAACUUGAAGGCGUUUCUUCCGCUCGCUGUAAGAUGGAUGACGGGAUCAUAACUGUGGUCGGUUCAGUGGAGUCGCGAGAUGUGUUGGCUACAUUGAAACGCAUUAGAUACUUAGACCCCGACGUCUGUAAUGAAAGUGAAAACACGACAUGAAAUACACAACAAUUUUCGUCGACUUGCGGAUUUGGUGUUUCAAAUUUAAGCCUUGAUAUGACAUUCUCAAUACUCUUAGGAGCCCAGAAGAUGAACAUGCAUUUGGAGACUUUCGGAUCGAUGGUGGAGUAGUAUGUAAGCGUUUGGAAGAAGCUGUUAGAUACGUGUUGAACAUAUCACAGGUAGAAGCCGGGCCUCGAAAGUCCAGAGGACUUCGUUCUAUUGGGGUUUUGAGGCUGGUCGCCCAUCUCUUAAAAUGGUCAUAGCAGCUUCAUUGAUUUCAUUUAAACACAGAAACCACAAAUAUGAUGAAAAGAUAUGGAACUCGGGUUAUAUAUCAGGAGUUAUCUCAGGACUCCAUGCCUCUCCCAACCCUUCAGAAAGGAGCGAAUUUGAUCUUACAGUCAUAGCAUGUCCUGCAUUUCCCUCGAUGGACGAAAUGAUGUUCAUAUCAGUUCUCUAUAGGAA